AUGUUUCCUGUUCAAGCCAGAUGGCUCUCUCAUGAUAACAAUAUGGAAUAUGAUCUUUGUAGAACUUUUUCACAUUUACCACUCACUGAACAUCCUAAUAAAGAAGGCUAUAUUGCUGUAUAUAAUUCUUGUAUAUCUGUUGCUAAAUGUCAUAAUGCUCCAACACUUGCUCCAGUUCCAGAUGAACUAACGAAUGUUCUGAUGUUUUAUCGCCAUUGGUUUUCACCUAUUCAUCUGAGUUGUUCUCUUGGACGUGCUGAAAAUGCAAAUCAUUUUACCCAUUAUCGCCACCUUACUGGUGCUUUUGGUCUUUCAAAGAAUGUUUGUGCUUUACAAAUUUAUACUGGAACAUUAGGUGCUAUUUUAGAUCUCUCUCCUAAUAAUAACUGGUUUCAUUCAUCUUUACUAAAUGCAGCUAGCUGGUUGAAAAUCAAUACCCGAUUUUUCAAACAAUUCGAUCAAAUGUUUUCAUCAAUUACUUUGACAUGUCCUCUAAACACUUUCCCUACAGCACA